GAUUUUGCACAUCUUUUGGACAGAACGAGCCCAAAAGCUGCAGGUUCUCCUGGACAAGAUGGAUCAGCUGGAGGGGGAGAUAAGCAGUUUGAAGAAGGUGCCAACAUCGACAUGCAGAGAACUUCGGAGACCUAUGACAAUUGGGGCGGCAGGGUUAUACGGCUCUUCCGCUCUCCCAACCCUCCUGAUACGAUUUUGCAGCCGGACAUUUCCCCAGGAAACUGCUGGCCUUUACAAGGGGACCGGGGCCAGGUGGUCAUCCUGUUGCCAGCACGAGUCCAUCUGACUGCUGUCAGUGUGCAUCACAACUACAAAGAGGUCGUUUCGUCUGGCACCGUCACCAGUGCCCCCCGAGACAUCGCUGUCUUUGGAGUGAAUGCAGACACAGAAGAGGAAACUCUCCUUGGGACGUUCGAGUACAACGUGACAAAACAGGCCAUUCAAACCUUCCCUCUGAAGAACACACACAUAGCCUUUUCACGCGUCAAACUUACUGUGGAGAGCAACUGGGGAAACACAGCCUACACCUGCAUUUAUCGAGUGCAGGUUCAUGGAAAGAUGGCAAAACCAGAAAACCUCAACUGAAACCACAGCAGAAAAGGAACACAAAUAAAA